AUGCUCCCAAGCCCAAGGCGAGGCCUCGCACCACUUUUUCACUCUAUUGGCUUUCUUGAUAAUCUAUGGCAACGUAAAUUCAACAAUAUAGAGUUCAUCAAAGGCUUCGCACUCGUCAGGGGUGCGUCGGGGAAUGUGGAAACGCAGAGUGCAACAAUAGCGACGGCCACGUCAUCAUCACAAUCAAGCGCCUACGACCCAGCAGCGGCGGACGCGGCGGUGGUGGAGGCGGCGGCGGCAUCGAAGCGGUCGCGCGCGCCUCUGCGAUACAGUCGCAAGGAGGUGAUUUCGUCGUUCAACAAGGCGGCGCACCUCCUGCGACAGUCCGCUCAGAGCUUGACGCAAACGUCUCCGCACUUUACUCGCCUGUUCACGGCGAUGCAGGCGUUCCGCAAUGCAGUGGCGCUGGUGGAGAUGGGCAAGCGCAAGUACCACCUCGCAGAGCCGCAGAUGCUCAACGGCAUUCUCCUCGUGAAGCAGGAGAUUCCCAAGAUCGAGCCUGCACAGCUGGCUCGGGAGCUGGGUCGGCAGCGUCUCAGCCUGUUCCUGUUAGAAGAAAGGCUGCAGUGUUGCGUGGAUAAAGGUUCUAGGAGGCUGUUGGCGACAGGCGAGCCGCUUACCUCUAGGUUCGAACCGCGUAGGUCGCGGACCGUUCGUCCGAGGCGCACGCAAUUGGCGACCCGAGCAGCCGUGGACACGUCACCUCCUUCCACCGGCCUCCGCGGCAGCAGCAGCAGCAACCGCCGGCCACGUGGCAUCCCCACCGGCGGGAAUGGCGCCGCGAUUUCCAGUAACGGGUCGGCCACGCGAUUCGCGCCGGGAACGGCGCAACAGCAGCCGUUGAAGCGACCGUUGGAGCGGUCGAGAGACAGAGUUUUCGAGGAAGAUCCGGCGGAAGAAGCGGCCGCUGCGCGCCGCGCGAUCGGCGCGCCGCUGUACGACGCGCAAGGACUCGCGAAAUUCUACUCGAAGCGACCGUUACAGGUAGUCGGCCGAGCGCUGCGCGUCACGACAGCGCUCGGCUCGGUCGCCGUCUCCGUCCUGAUCGACCGGCAGCGCGGCCAGCUAGACGCCAACAUGCCGCGCCGAGCCUCGCAGCUUCGGCGCGCGCUGACGAGCCUCGGCCCCACGUUCGUGAAGCUAGGUCAGGCGCUCUCCACCCGCCCGGACCUGUGCCCGCCAGCGUAUUUGGACGAGCUGGCGCUGCUGCAGGACGCGUUGCCGACGUUCCCCGAUGCAGAGGCGUUUGCGUGCAUAGAGGGCGAGCUGGGCCGACAGAUGGAAACCAUGUUUGAAUCGAUUAGCCCUUCACCGAUUGCUGCUGCCAGUCUAGGCCAGGUGUACAAGGCGCGUCUCAUUGGAGGCACCGAAGUGGCAGUGAAGGUGCAGCGCCCAGGCAUCACAACAGCCAUCGGGCUGGACUUUCUGCUCAUCAGGGGGCUGUGCUCGCUGGUGGAUAAAUAUGUUGACUCUCUCACCACUAGCUCAGUGGCGCUUCUAGACGAAUUCGCAGACAGGGUGUAUCAGGAGCUCAACUACGUCCAAGAGGCCCGCAACGCCCGGCGCUUCCGGCAGCUGUAUGGCAACCAGAAUGGGGUGUACGUGCCGCAGAUCGUGUGGCGCAACACGUCGUGCCGCGUGCUGUGCAUGGAGUGGGUGGAUGGGGUGAAGCUGAGCGAUGCAGCGAGCAUGAGGCAGAACAACCUGGACGUCAUUGACCUGGUUGACAUUGGCAUACAAUGUUCCCUCAGGCAACUGUUGGAGUUCGGCUACUUCCAUGCGGACCCCCAUCCUGGCAAUCUGCUUGCCAUGUCAGACGGCCGCCUGGCUUUCCUUGACUUUGGCAUGAUGAGUGAGACACCGCCCCGAGCCCGAUUCGCCAUCAUAGGUCACGUGGUGCAUCUGGUGAACCGGGAUUAUGAGGCCAUGGCUCGUGACUACUACGAGCUCGACUUUCUAGACCCGUCCGUGGACGUGGCGCCCAUAGUGCCGGCUUUAAGAGGCUUCUUUGAUGACGUGCUGCAGGCGACUGUCAGCGAGCUCAACUUUAAGACCAUAGUGGAUGGGCUGGGGGCAGUGCUCUAUCAGUACCCCUUUAAUGUCCCGGCCUACUACGCGCUCAUCCUCCGCUCUCUCACGGUGCUUGAAGGCCUGGCUCUCUACUCGGAUCCCAACUUCAAGGUGCUCGCAGCGGCCUAUCCCUACAUGGCCAAGCGCCUCCUCACCGACCCAAACCCCUACCUGCGCGACGUCCUGGGAUUCUUUGCUGGUCGCGCCUCGAGAACCUCCUUACCUCUUUGUUCCCCUCCUGCUCCUCCUCUUCCCCUUUUUCUCCCACUCACCCAACAGGUGCUCGCAGCAGCAUUCCCCUACAUGGCCAAGCGCCUCCUCACCGACCCGAACCCCUACCUGCGCGAGGCUCUAAUCGAGCUGUUGCCCUCCACCCCUCCCCCACCCGCUCUUCCCCCAUCACAGGUCCUAGCAGCGGCCUAUCCCUACAUGGCAAAGCGUCUUCUCACCGACCCAAACCCCUACCUGCGCGACGCUCUAAUCGAGCUGUUCCCCUCCACCCCUCCCCCACCCGCUCUUCCCCCAUCGCAGGUCCUAGCAGCGGCCUAUCCCUACAUGGCAAAGCGCCUCCUCACCGACCCAAACCCUUACCUGCGUGACGCUCUAAUCGAGCUUCUUUUCAAAGACGGUGUUUUCCGCUGGUCGCGCCUCGAGAACCUCCUCACGCAGGGGCAGCGGGACCGCGACUACAAGACAACCGAUGCCCUCCAGCCGCUCAUGGCCCUCAUCCUAGGCCCCGAGGGAAGGCCGCUGAGAGCACUGGUGGUGGCUGAAGGGGUGAGGGUUGCAGAGGCGCUGCUGGUGGCCGGGGCUGUGGAUGGGGCGAUGGAAGUGUUACCAGAUGCGGUUACCACCGCGCUGCUUCCCCGACCGCUGGUGCCGUUGCGAGAGGCUUUGGAGGCGGCGAGAGGGGGCGGUGGGGGUGCGGGUGGGAGUGGAGGUGCGGGAGGGAGUGCGGGGGUGGGGAGGGGAGCGGGGAGGGGGGAUGCGAGAGGGAGGAGUAUGGAGGAGAUGGUGGAGUUGAGAGCGCAGGUGCUGCGGUGCUGGGCUCUGCUGAGGACUUCGGAUGGGUUUGAUCCGGCAAGCCUGCUUCCGCUGGUUGAUGAGAUGGUGGAGCUGCGGGCUCAGGUGCUGCGGUGCUGGGCUCUGCUGAGGAGUUCGGAUGGGUUUGACCCGGCGAGCUUGCUUCCACUGGUCGAUGUGCUGCAACAGGAGGAGGUGAGGGAGAUGGGGUCAGACUUCGCCACAGGUUUGCUGCAGAGGUUGGCAGAUGUUUUACCCGAUUCAAACCCCAUUCCAACCGCUUGUCACCCAUCUGUUAUCCCUCAGGUGCUGCAACAGGAGGAGGUGAGGGAGAUGGGAUCGGACUUUGCUACCGGUCUGCUGCAGAGACUGGCAGCACGCUCGCUACAGCUGCUGCUACAACCUCCGCCGUCCUCCCAGACCCCAGCAGCUGCAGCAGCUCUGUAG